AUGCCGAGGUACAACUUCUUACUGUGCUUGAUGGUGCUCAUCUCCCUGGGACAGUCGGGGAGCGAUGAGCCCAAUCUGCUCCUGCCUUCUGCCAGCGAGACGCCCACGGAUGCCGGGCUGUCCCUGCUGGACGAGGACGCCGGUUCCCACGAGUGCUCCGCCUGUGUUUGGAGGGAGCAGAGCAAAGUGCUAAGACUGGAGACCAUCAAGUCCCAGAUCCUUAGCAAGCUGCGCCUGAAGCAGGCGCCCAACAUCAGCCGGGAGGUGGUCAAUCAGCUGCUGCCCAAGGCUCCUCCGCUCCAGCAGCUGCUGGACCAUCACGACUUCCAGGGAGACGCGUCGUCCCAGGAUGAGUUUAUGGAGGAGGAUGAGUACCACGCCACCACGGAGUCCGUGAUCACCAUGGCCUCUGAGCCGGAGCCCCUGGUGCAGGUGAACGGGAAGCCGAGCUGCUGCUUCUUCAAGUUCAGCCCCAAACUGAUGUUCACUAAGGUGCUGAAGGCCCAGCUGUGGGUGUACCUGCGACCGCUGCAGCAGACCUCCACCGUCUACCUGCAAAUCCUCCGACUGAAGCCCGUCACGGAGCAGGGCAGCCGCCACAUCCGCAUCCGCUCCCUGAAGAUAGAGCUCAACUCCAGGGUCGGCCACUGGCAAAGUAUUGACUUUAAGCACGUGUUGCAGAACUGGUUCAAACAGCCGCACACCAACUGGGGAAUCGACAUCAACGCCUUUGAUGAGAGCGGCAAUGACCUGGCAGUUACCUCGCUGCGACCCGGGGAGGAGGGGCUGCAGCCGUUCCUGGAAGUGAAGGUUCUCGAGACGACCAAACGUUCUCGGAGAAACCUCGGCCUGGACUGCGACGAGCACUCCACCGAGUCUCGCUGCUGUCGCUACCCUCUGACUGUGGAUUUCGAGGCGUUCGGCUGGGACUGGAUCAUUGCCCCCAAACGUUACAAAGCCAACUACUGCUCCGGACAGUGCGAGUACAUGUUCAUGCAGAAAUACCCGCACACCCACCUGGUGCAGCACGCCAACCCCCGAGGCUCCGCAGGGCCCUGCUGUACUCCGACCAAGAUGUCCCCCAUUAACAUGCUCUACUUCAAUGACAAGCAGCAGAUCAUUCAUGGCAAAAUCCCAGGGAUGGUGGUGGAUAGAUGUGGCUGUUCUUAGGCUAGAGGGGAGAUGCACACUUGUGUACAGCCACCAUCGCAUCAAACCAUCCAAAACCCUUACGGAGCUCUCCCCUGGCACCAGAACCCACUCCUCGGCACCAGAUUUCACUUUUUGCUCAGACACAAAAUCAUCCCACUGGGUUUCAUCCAGUAAUUAAAUUGAUUCUAACUGUAAAAAAAAUGUUUAAAUGAAACAUGAAUCAAAAAAAAAAGGACUGAGUGAUGGAAAUACAGUACAUUAUGAAUGAUUUAAAGAGGCUGUCCUUGUGGAGCAGCUUCAGAAAACGGUAAAUGAGACAAAACUAUGUUAUAGAGUACAUGUUAGUUUUGUGGGUUUUUAAAGAUUUUGUUUUUUAAAUGGCAUCUUUGUGAAAUGUCCAGGUUAGUGGAUUAGAUGACAGGAGACAUAAGCAUUUACAAUAUUUUUAAAGCAAUUUCAAUCCUACGGUGAGUUUGGA